GGAAGGGUGUCGAAGCCGUGGUUAGCUGCUAUUGGUCAAUUGAGAACAACCAAUCACAUCGCUCCAUUUGUCGAACCGGUGUUGUAGUGCCUGAUACUGUGGAAGUGUAUUAGUGAUUCUGAGCCUGCGGUAUUAGUAAGAGGUGUUAGUGUUUCAAGGGUUUCACUCAUUUUUGGCGAAAUGAAGGCGAGCCUCGCUAUUUUAGGCCUGUUAACGGUUGUCAGUGCGGAGCUCUUUUUUGAAGAAAACUUUUCUAGUCCCGACUGGGAAAAUAAUUGGAUUUAUUCUGAACAUCCUGGAAAAGAAUUUGGCAAGUUUGUAUUGACCAGUGGAAAGUUCUACAAUGACCAAGAUAAAGACAAAGGUAUCCAAACUUCACAAGAUGCAAGGUUUUAUGCCGUUUCCCGAAAAUUUCCUCCAUUCUCUAAUAAAGACAAACCUCUAGUCGUACAGUUCAGUGUAAAACAUGAACAAAAUAUUGAUUGUGGAGGUGGUUAUGUUAAAUUAUUUGACUGCAAUUUAGAUCAGAAAGAUAUGCAUGGUGAAUCGCCCUAUGAAAUUAUGUUUGGCCCUGAUAUUUGUGGUCCUGGAACAAAGAAGGUUCAUGUAAUUUUCUCUUACAAAGGGAAGAAUAUUCUUGUAAAUAAGGACAUCAGGUGUAAAGAUGACGUGUAUACCCAUGUUUACACUCUAAUAGUUAAGCCUGACAAUACUUACGAGGUUUUAAUUGACAAUGAAAAAGUUGAAAGUGGUACUUUGGAAGAUGAUUUUGACUUCCUUCCACCUAAGAAGAUCAAGGAUCCAUCAGCCAAAAAGCCUGAUGACUGGGAAGAUAAUCCAACCAUUGACGACCCUUCUGACUCCAAGCCCGAAGACUGGGACAAACCAGCGACUAUCCCUGACCCUGAAGCUACUCAACCAGAAGAUUGGGACACAGAAAUGGACGGCGAAUGGGAACCCCCACAAAUUGAUAACCCAGAAUACAAGGGUGAAUGGAAACCUAAGCAAAUCGACAAUCCUAAGUACAAGGGCCCUUGGGUGCACCCAGAAAUUGACAAUCCAGAAUACAGUGCAGAUGCUAACCUCUAUUAUAGAAAGGAACUGUGUGCGAUCGGUUUUGACCUAUGGCAAGUUAAGUCAGGUACCAUCUUUGAUGACAUCCUCAUCACUGAUGAUUUAUCUCUUGCUUCUACGAAAGCAGCUGCUGUGAAAGAAACUCAGGCCGGAGAAAAGAAGAUGAAAGAAGUCCAAGAUGCUGACGAAAAAGCUGCAACUGAAGAAGCUGCUGCAGAUGCUGCUAAAACCCCAGAGGACGAUGACGAUGAUGAUGAAGAUGAGGAAGAAAGCACACCAGAACCAGAAGAACACGAUGAACUAUAAACAUCAAAAGGAACAAUCUUAUUCAAAAAAUCAGAAACAUUAUAUUGAGGUGUGAUAUCAACUUUUUGUUGAAGCUCUUGAGCGAAUAAAGGCUGCUUUUUGCUACAAACUCCUCAAUCGUAACAGUAAUAUGAUUUAUCUUCUGGAAAAACUUUUUAAGACUUUAGAGGUGGUUUUUUCAAAGACUGAGUAGCAUGUUUCCACAGAUUCUUAAAAAAAAAAAAGGAAAAAAUGAAACACCCCCGUCAUGAUUUAAUUGUGACUUUUUUGUUUUGGUUUUUUAUUUAUUUUGUUUUGUUAAAUCUAGAUAUUCCAUUUCCCUCUGUUUCAAAGAGAGAAAACUAAUGUGUAGUGUUUAAAAUAAAUUCAUAUUUGCAAAUGUUUUAUAUAUUGUAGAAAUGUAACAAUAUUUUAUUAUACAUUAGAAUGUUCAUAAUGAGGUUGUAGAAAUCGUUAUUAAGUACUAUUGUAUGUAAAUUUUGUGUUUUGUGCCAGUUUCUACAAUUGUAUAAAAAACAAAUUAAUUUUAAGAUAGUGUUAUUAGAAUAAAUUAAACACAAAAUUGAACGAAUAGUUAUUUCAUGAAGUAUUCCCAGUUCUCUGCCUACAGUAAUAUUUUAUAAAUUACUUAUGAUAAAUGUAUAUUAUUAUUUCAUAAAUAUUUACAUUUUAUUUAUAACAAAUAAAUAGCCUGAAUUGAA